AUGGAGACUGAAGGUAAGCAUGCAGGAUUGCAUGAGUAACAAGGGCAUUAUUAAAACUGUACUGCAAUCUGCAGCACGCCAUUUCCUGCAUUCUGGGAGCAAUUUUAACAAAAAAUCAGUAAUGAUAAACAGUGACACAAUGAUUAUAAUUUCAUAGUGUGUGUCUCAAUUGUAUACUAUACAAGUAUCCAAUCACUAAGUAUUCAAGUACUUUUGGAGUUUUGGUCCACAUGAUCAGGUGAUGAUAAUAAAAGAUGUGCAUGUUUGCCGUUGCAAUAUUUAGGAUGCUAAUUCGUACUUCUAUACGUUCAUCAGAAAUUAAAUAAAUUUCAUUCAGGAUCUGUUUUCUCUAAACUUGAAGUCUUCCUGUUUUUAAUUUUUUCCACAAAAUAUCUUGCCGAGUUGACUCAUUGCUAGUUACGGGCCCGCGUAAUGCCACAAGUGUGACAUUCUAUAAGGCCGCAUGUUAGUAAUGUCACAGUUGCAAUUUUUAUGCAACUCACUUGCUUGUAUACACUACUAUAAUACAUGCAAUGGCUAAAAUCGCUAAAAUUAUUGCACCAAGUAGAAAUGGGUUCUACCGUUUGGCAAUGCCAAUGCAUGGUUGCAGAGAUUAAAAGAAGCGUGACGUAUAUUAAUAAAAAUUACGGGAACCACUGAGUAUUUUAAUAAAAUAUAAAACUAGAGGGCACUCAGAGACUGCAUACCUCCGCCCGUUACUCGGAAGUGAAAGGCAACCUUGGAAUUUCCUAAGAAAUCCACUUUACAAUUCUUAAGCAUAAAAGAUUUCAGGCCCCCGCGAAUUGAAAUCGAAUUGCUAAUAGAACAUAUUACUGUUGUUGUGCUGUACAGUACUUGUAAAAUAAAAACUUAUUAAGUGUCAUUAAAUAAAUGCAUAAAUUUUGCUUUAUGCACUCGCGCGUGCAGUAAUUUUCACAGUUGUGCUAUUUUAAAUUCCCAGGCAGCUAAAAUCUUUUGUCUUUAAAACAAUGUCGAUUUCUUGGGAAAUUCCGAGGUUGCGUUCUUUUUAUACACCCUGUAUUGAAGUAAUCUAAUGUUGUUAGAAUUUGAAUGGACUGGCACUUUGCUGAACGUAAUAAUGCGUAACUCCGUAAGCCUUGUUUUAGACAUUGAAUUUCGGUCGCGUGAAAUGCAACUAAGACAAUAGAUAAUGAAGGCCGAAGCUUAAUGAGGUUUAUCAUCUCAUUAUUGUCUUAGCACUGAGUGCAUAAAUUAUACAUGUCCUAAUUACGCAUUCAGUAAUAUUUUUUGUUAAUUGACCGGGAAAAGCAAGACAAAAUUUUGUUCAUUUCUCGUUCAAUUUUUAACCAAAUUCAACCAAAUUUUAAUCAGUUCUUCCUUAGCCGAUGGGAAAUGCAUUCAAAAAAUUUCGUACGGAUAUGUUUGGUAUUUCUUGAGUUAUCGUGCUCACAGACAAACACACACACAUACACACACACACACAUACACACACACACAUACACACACACAUACACACACACACACACACAUACAAACCCAGAUGAUUACAUAACCUCCUGGCGGAGGUAAAAACCCAGAUGAUUACAUAACCUCCUGGCGGAGGUAACAACGGUAACUCCGAAAAUAAACAUUUUAAUAAUAUAUGACUGAAUCUUAGUCGAAAGCUAGAAUAUUAUUAAAAUGUUUAUUUUCGGAGUUACCGUUGUUUUAUAUUGUAUAUUAAUAAACUGAUCGAAAAAAGAGGAAAUGUGUACCGGUUUGCGGAAAUGUUUUAACUUAGUUAUGACUUAUGUUUCAAAAUAUUUUUGGAUUUGUAGGGCAAUUUUUAUCAACGUCGGGUAAAUUUUGUCCCCCCCCCCCACCCAUCCCCCCUAUGUUUUUCCUCCCAUAGUGAAGCCCAUGCUGAAACAUCGCCGAAUACUGUACGAGUAUAUAGGCAAUUCUGACUAUAAAGUUUCCCAAUGGCAAUGUCAAAACAAUUAGUGUGCUAAAUUAAAUUAAAUUAAAAUUAAAUUAAAGAUUAGCGAAAAUCCACAGCCAUUUGGCUGUGGAAAUUUGUAAUCAUAUUUUCGCUUAAUCUUGUUUAGGAUUAAGUAUAAUCCAGAAUUUUACUGCCGAGUGAACAAACUCAUCCCAAACUGAUGGGAAACAAUUUAAAGUGCCCCUGUCACAAAAUGAGAGUUUACAUUAAUAGAAUCGUCUUGAAACGUAGAUUAUGAAAAUACAAAACAGAUUUAAAAUUGAGCUUGUUUUCACAGAGUAAUAAGGCAAUGAAAUUUGAAAAUUUCAAAUUUUAACGGCAAAAGUUUUUGAAAACCGCGAAGCUGGGAAAUUGGUAACUAAUACGUCAUAGUAGGAAGACAUUGCCUACUCGCCUAAGCCAAAAGUAUAUAAAUACUAAGUGAGAAUCACAAUCAAGCUGGUCAAAAUUCGAUACAAAUGUCUUCGUCGAGUUCAGAUACGGAAAAUAACAGUUACCAAAGCAAUGACUGACUGAAAUUAUAUUCCUGAGCCGUAUGAAAUCGAGUGAAAUUGACGAAAACACCAGUGAAGCGUAGUCAAGCAGCGCCGAUCAUUCGUGCGCACGACGUUGGUCCAUAUGUUAAUGAACCAGUGCCCGACGAAGAUUGGCUCAAAAGUUACCGUGAAAAAAAGCAAUCACGACGAACGUCUUAAGCAACUACAACAAAGGCUUGAUAGUUCAGAAGAAUUGAGUAAAUGGUAAAUAUUUUGUUGCGUGACUUGACCUUGCGUUUCGUGACUUGCCAGUGUUUCUACAUACACAGUAUUCAAAUUACAAAAUAUAAUAUUUCAGGUGUAAACGUGGCAAUUGUCGCAUUGAACUGCUUUGUAAAUUAUGCUAAAGAGUGUCAAUGUUGUAUGGAAAUUGAGGAGUGCGUCGAUUCUCUACACAGUAACAUUGUGAUUUGUGAUGCAAGAUGAAGUCGCGCCAUCAUGUAUAAUUCAACAGCUUAUCACUAGAUAAGUGAGCCCUCCGUUCAGCAGCCACGAAAUUACGAACAAGAAAGAAGUAGGAAUACCGUCAAACAAACACAGAAGAUGGGAAAAUAAAGUUUUAUUUAUCAACAUAUUGAAAUUAUGAAACACUUUACCGUACCCGAGUUUACUAUCAGUGAACACACGCAUGCCGGCAUGCGGUACGAUAACUGAGAGUUUAUAUAGUAUAUACGGUACAUGCUGUACAAUUAUUGAAUUAUUAUAUAUUUACAUGUGUCCACAUGCAAGUAAGCGACUCAUUAAAAAGACUUAUUUAUUAAUUUAUAGAUUCUGAAGGAGCACAGCAUAUAGAAACUUUAUGUAGAUGAGAAAAUAAUGCCUGUAGGCUGCAUGCUAUUGAUGAAGACUUUGUAGGAUUUGUAGAGGACAGCUCUUGAUAUUAUAGAAUUAUUUUUCAAUAAAUAAACCUAUUACACUGUAUAAGCGUAGUAAUAUUAUACUGUAUUGCGUAUAGAAACAGCACAUUUGCUAUAUUCAUGACUUUAUUGACUUAUUACAAUAUUAUUUUGCUAAAGAGGCUGAAAUUUAAGAUUAAGAUUUGUAUCUGAUGUUUUCCUGCACUUCGUGCGCGCGGGUUAAUUUGUGCAAAGUGUUGCAGCGCGUAUUUUUCUGACUUGUAUUUCGUUCCAGGCAUGUUCCUAGCAACUGUGGCAAUGACUAAGUUAUUUCAUUAAGUUGCUUCAAUGGAUUAUACUUUGUAAUACAUUUUAUACACAUCCCCACAGUGUAUCAAGUUUCAUGCCACAAUUUGUUACAAAAUCUGCAUAUUGUACGGGUUUUCCCUGCGGUCAAAUACAACGAUUUUCACUUAUACAAUUCUACUUUACCUGUCUAAUCUAAAAUACAAACAGUACACAUUGCUUGUAGACGUAAGAAAUUGGCUUUCAUCCACUAUAUUUAAUAUUUUGACCAUAUUCACUCAUAUAUUGUCGCGAUAUUUUAUAUUUCGCAUGGUAAAUCCAGUGACUGUGGCUCAUUUAUAUUUAUCGCGCUUUCGAGUUUCGUGACUAUGGCCAAAUAUCGACUGACUGCAUUGAAGCAGCUUCUUUUACAAUUUGCAGCUUAUUUUUACAAUAACGAAUUUGUAAUCAAAAUUGCACCUUGUAUCUCAUAUUGCUCGUUCAAGGUGCACGAAGUCAACCCGUCUCCUUUUCGCUUCGUGCAUCUCGUCUCCAGUAAAAGGUAUAAAAUGAAGUGAAAUGCCUUUCUCUGUAUCUGUGAUAUUAGAAAAACCGCCUACUACACAUAUAUUCGGCAAUUUUUCAUUUUCGUGACUGUUAUUUGCGCAAUUGCCUCCUCUAUGAUAGUACAUGCAAUAGUAUUUCUACAUCAGUGAGCUAGAUAAGUUCCUACUAUUACGUCACACGCAUUGUUUCGUCCCAGUCUCUUCUGCGCGGUUUUCAGAUUUUUCACAAGGCCAAAUUCAAUGUUUAAACGGCAAUAACUUUUACACUAAAAGAGCAAUUUCGAUUCUGUUUUCGAAUUUCCGUAUAUUUUGUAUCAUAGAUUUCGAAAAUAUAAACUCUCAUUUUGUGACAGGGACACUUUAAACAAUCCAUAUACUUAGUUUGUUACUGAUAUUUACUAAGACAGAGUCUAUGUAUACUAUUUAUAAUUAUAAAACUCAUUAAUAAUUCAUAAGGAAAAUACAAAAGAAAUGAAUGUUCAAUCAAUGUUUGUAAAUCGGAUAGAGAUUUUGUCCUGAUUUACAUAAACCUCGACAUAAACUUCAGCUUUGAUUUUCUCGGCUUAAACAAUAUUUAUUUUUAGAAUUACUUCGCCAAUAAACUCAUUAAGCCCGGCGCACAUUGGAGAUAUCAGCUGAGCUGAGCGUCACUCGUGACUGUUGGCGUAAGCAAGUUUCCCCACCAGGUGAUCUCGUGUUCGUAUUUUAGCCAAUCAGCGCUCAGAAAGGGUUGUCCGAAUAGAAAUCCAUUUUGAUGUAUUCAAUCAAUUAUAUCUUUCAUUAUUCUUUAUGAAACUAGUUGAAAAUUUGUAAUUAUGUUUGGUUAUGAGAACUAUAGCUCUGACAACAAUAUGGAAUCGAAAUAAAGUAUAAACGAUCCUUUUGCAUGGUCGGCCUUUAAAAAUUUCAGGCGAGAAGUAAAGCGACGUAUAAGAUUUUCGGAGAGAGAAUAUGUAAGAGAACAGAUUAAAAGUAACAGAAACAACACCAACUCCAUAUGGAAAUCUAUAGGAUCGUGUAUACCGAAAAAAUCAGCCACUCAUAAAGUCUAUAGUAAGGAUCAUAAAACUGUUGCUGAUGAAUUUAAUGAAUUCUUUGCCAGUAUUGGUCAAAAUACGGUUAAAAAAAUUGAAAAAAUGGCCGCUGAUGAAAAUUAUGACCUAAAUGAAAACCCUUUUAAACCAAGACAUUAUUUACCAUCUGAACAAUUUUCCUUUACCGCUGUUGAACGUGAAGAAGUUGAAUCUAUUGUUAUGUCUAUGGCACCAAACAAAGCUCCUGGGAACGAUAAAGUUCCGAUACAUGUAAUCAAAACUUGCUUGACUGUAAUUUCACCUACCAUCACUUCAAUUAUCAAUGCUUCACUAUUAACCUCUAGUUUUCCGAGCGUAUGGAAAAACGCUGAAGUUGUUCCUAUCCACAAGAGUGGUGAUCAUGAGAUCGCAAAUAAUAAUAGACCUAUAUCGUUAUUGCCAGUGCUAUCAAAGAUCUGCGAACGAGCAGCUUAUAAUCAGUUUUCGACCUACCUUCUCUUGAAUGAUCGUUUAUCGUCUAAACAAAGUGGAAACAAGCAUCUACACUCAACAGAAACCUCGGUAAUUCAGACUACAGACAUGAUCCUGAAUGCCAUUGACAAGAAACAGCUAACUGCGAUUGUAUUACUCGACAUGAGCAAAGCAUUCGAUAGCAUAGAUACCACGACUCUGAUUACUAAGUUAGAAGAUGUUGGCGCGUCUUGUCAGGCGAUUCAAUGGUUCCAAAGCUACCUAACAUCCAGGUAUCAAGUAGUAAGAAUACAAACAACCUUAUCCGACCCUUUAGAGGUAAAGAGUGGAGUACCUCAGGGAAGUAUACUUGGGCCACUUCUGUUUAGUAUUUAU